GACUUAUGCAAGACCUCAAAAAAAAAAAAAAGAGAGAGACUAGAAAAGAAAAGGAAAAAAAAAAGAUCAAAGGAGAAAACACAACAAGAUUCAAUUUUUGAAACCAAAUACCCUCCAAAUCCAAUUUCUAAACCAAAAUUUUCACAAAAACAUUCAAAACCCAUCUCUAAAAUCCUUCAAUCUUCAAUACUCAAAUCAUAGAUUUUGUUAAAUUUGAAUUAUUAUUUUUUUUAUCUAUUUUUCUCUGUUUUUUUUUCAUCAUCAUGAUAGGUGUCUUGCUAGGACCAUCAACUUUAAAAAUCUGUUCUUUUUCAUGUGAUUUGGUAUUUCAAGAUGUAUCCUCUUAAUUAUUUCAUCCAUAUUGGUCCUUUAUUGGAGUCUUGAAUUCAAAAAAAUUCAAAAUUUUCAGUUGAAUUUAUUGCUUCUUCUUAAAAAUUCCCUUUUUAUUGAAAUUAUUGGUUUUUAAUCCUUGGUUUCUCUGUUUGUAGUCAAAUUAGGUGUUUUUCAGUUCAAAUUAUUGGUCCUUGUAUAGAAUCUUGAAUUUAAAUUUCAGUAAAAUUUUAUUGAUUGAGUCUUUGUUUGUAUAUUUUUUUUUUCAACUUAGGUGUUUUUCAGUUGAAUUCUUGAUUUCAAGUCCCCUGUUUUUGUAUCAAAUUCUGAAAUUUGAGUUAUGGGGAUUCAAAAAGAUAAGGUGAAAUUCAAUGUUGGUGGUAGAAUUUUCGAAACAACAGCGACAACCUUAGGGAAUGCUGGUCGAAAUUCAGUAUUUGGAGCAAUGUUUGAUGAUGAAUGGAACCUGAAUUCUGAUGCAACAACUAAUGAACAUUUCAUUGAUAGGAACUCUGAUUGUUUUUCAGUACUUCUUGAUUUGCUCAGGACAGGAGAGCUUUAUUUACCUCAAAAUAUCCCUGAAAAGUUGUUGUAUAGAGAGGCUUUGUUUUAUGGUCUCUUGGAUCAUGUCAGGUCAGCUAAGUGGGGGCCGUUCGACGGGAACAGGCUCCUCCCGGCCCGUUCUGUGACGGGCCGGGCUCCUGGGGACGGCACGGCCAUCCGGGCCGGCCCGGAUGGGGGGUGCUGUGUGGCUCAUGGGAGUAUGGUUCAUGUGUAUGAUUGGAUGAUGGAGGAACACCCUCCUAUUAAUCUUGAUUAUCAAAGGGUUAAUGAUGCUGGUUGGGUUGAUUCUGAGAGUAUUGUGUUAAGUGCUUGUGAAAGAUUAGGUAAAGGUGAUGGUGGAAUGGGAUUGUUUAGUGUAUCUACUGGGGAUUUAAGGUACAAAUUUCAUGUCAAACAUGAAAAUCAAGUCAAGAGUUAUACUGCUGGUGCACUUAGUUUUAGUUCAGAUUACAAGUUGUUUUCUAGUUGUAAAGGUAGAAGUAAUGAGUAUGGUAUUGGUGUAUGGGACCAAGUUACUGGAAAACAGAUUGAUUUUUUCUAUGAGCCACCUGGUUGGUCACUUGGUGAAGCUGAUAAGUUGCAAUGGUUACAUGGUACUAACUGUUUGUUAGUUGCUUCUUUGUUUCCAAGGAAGGACAAUUGUUACAUAAGUUUGUUGGAUUUUAGGGAUAAAAGUAAUAUGGUUUGGUCGUGGUCCGAUGUUGGAGCGCCUAUAACGGAUGAGAGGAGAGUUAGGGACGCGAUAGCAAUGGAGGAAACGAGUUCUAUUUGUGUGGUCAACGAGUACGAAGAUUUAGGUUUUAUGGAUUUGAGGAGGAGCUCGGGAACUCCGAGGUGGUGUUCAAGAAGCAGGUUGAUGAAAGGCAAAAUGCCUGAUGAACCGUGUUAUCCUAAGUUGGCAUUGCACGAGGGGCAAUUGUUCUCAUCAAUGAACGACUGCAUCUCUGUGUUUUGUGGGCCUGAUUGGGUUCUUACAUCAAGGCUUCGACGGAGUUAUGGUGGUUCAAUUUGUGAUUUCUCCAUUGGUGGUGACCGUCUUUUCGCUCUUCAUAGUGAAGAAAAUGUAUUCGAUAUAUGGGAGACGUCGCCUCCACCAAUUAUAUGAUUUUUAUGAGUGAUUUUGUAUUGUUAAAGAGUGAUGCAUCAAAAAAAAGUAAAGCAGAUGUUUUUAGGAUACAAAAACUAAAUAGAGAUGAGUGUUUGUAAUACUAUUUAUGAGUGAUUUUAUAUGGUUAAAGAGUGAUGCAUCAAAAAAAAAAAAAAAAAAAAACCGUAAAGCAGGUGUUUUUAGGAUAGAAAAACUAAAUAGAAAUGAGCGUUUGUAAUACUAUCUAGAUUUUGUUUGUGUAUGCAUAUGAAACUGACAUGUUAAAAGGAAACUGAUUGCUUAGCAAUCAAUAUCUCAAA